GAGAACCAUUUCAGGAAUUCCAGAUAAUGUUGGGAUUUUGUUGAGAUGUAGUUUGAGGUUUAAGUUUAUCCCACUACCCUUAUUCCAUUGAAACAAAUGGCUUAUUUUCACUAUAGAUGUGGAGAAAGAAUAACUCUCAUAAACGAAAAUACUACUGCUAUCAGAAAUGAAACAGAUUUUGAUCAUGGGAUGGUGAUAUCGGCAGAACCACUGGCAAAUGAUGUUCUAUUUGAAAUAAAAAUUGACAAAAAAGUGCAUUCUUGGUCUGGAAGUUUGGAAAUAGGAGUAGUAGAUUGUGACCCUUUACAUUUUGAUUUCCCACCUUCUGCUUCCAAAAUCCUAACAGGAUCAUGGAUUAUGUCUGGCACAUCAGUUUUCAAAAAUGGUGUAUGCCUGGUAGAAGAUUAUGGUAUAGACUUAGAUAAAUUGAACCAGGAUGACCGAAUUGGGCUGAUGAGGACAUCAGAGGGUGACCUGAUAUUUUACAUCAAUGGUGAAUCUCAAGGGGUGGGGGCUGAAGAUUUACCCAGCAUAGCUUAUGCUGUUGUUGAUUUGUAUGGUAAAUGUGUCCAAGUCAGCAUCACCAGCCCUGCUUAUCGAGAAUACAAUAAUGAUGAUUGUCUCAGUGGAAGCUCAGUUCUUGCUAUUGAUAAUGAUAUUCUCAAUGUGACUUUAGGAGGAGAUCUCAGUGAACUGAGCAUGAGUAGCAGUAACAGCUUGGAUAUGAGAAUGGACAUGAAUGCAAGUUUGAGUCUCCCAGAUGAAUCAUGCAGAACAGAUAGAUUGAGAUUCCAUUACCGUUGUGGGUCUCUAGUGAAAUUGUCCAAUGGUAAUAGAAGUGCUGAAAGGAGACGACCAUUAGAUGAAUUCAACAAUGGGGUGGUCAUGACACACAGACCUCUAGCAGAUUCAGAAUUAUUUGAAAUUCGAAUAGACAGAUUGGUAGAUAAAUGGAGUGGAAGCAUUGAGAUGGGUAUAACUACUCAUAACCCAAACACACUUGUUUUUCCUGCUACUAUGACAAAUAUGCGCAGUGGUACUAUUAUGAUGUCUGGCUGUGGGAUUCUCACCAAUGGUAAAGGCACUAGGCGGGAGUAUGGGGAUUUCAAUCUGGAUGAGCUGACAGAAGGGGAUAGGGUUGGCAUGAUGAGAAAACCAGAUGGGAAUUUGCACUAUUUUAUCAAUGGGUUGGAUCAAGGUGUUGCAGCUCAAAGAGUACCAACUACUGUAUGGGGAGUCAUAGAUUUGUAUGGCAUGACUAUCAAGGUAUCGAUAGUAGAAAGAGAUGAACGAGAAGAGCAGAACUUGAUGACCAGAAAAAACACCAGAGACCAGCAGAUGCUUCUGCCGGAACCUCAACCAUUGCCGGACUACUACGAUCGCCUCACUUUCCACCCUAACUGUGGCACCCAUGCGGAAGUAAUCAACAAUGCCCGGACUGCCCACAGGCCCAACGCUGCUGACGAUUUCAAUAACGGGGUCGUUUUGACGGCGCGUGCUUUGAAAAUCGGAGAACUCUUCGAGGUCAGAUUGGACCGGGUGGUGACAAAAUGGGCGGGUUCCAUCGAAAUCGGGGUGACCACCCACAGCCCCGUGGACCUCGAAUUCCCCUUCACCAUGACCAACGUGCGAUCGGGCACGUGGAUGAUGACUGGCAGCGGAAUUAUGCACAACGGGACGAUCGUUCUCGAUCAGUACGGGGUGAAUCUGGACAGGCUGCAGGUGGGCGAUAGGGUGGGGGUGUUGAGAAAGGAGAAUGGUACUCUGCACUUUUUCGUCAAUGGGGUCGAUCAGGGUAGCGCGGCUACGAAUGUGCCAGAGAAAAUAUACGGAGUGAUCGAUCUUUAUGGUCAAGCAGUUGAAGCUACUAUCAUUGACAUGUAUGAUCAUGGGUCACCAGAUACAGUUAAUUCGAGUCUAUCAAAUGCGACUCUUUAUAGUGAUCUCCGAUUCCAUCACGUUCACGGAAAAAACGCCAGAAUAGUCAACAACGGUUUGACAGCUCUAAGACCGAGACCGUUAGCGGAAUUCAAUGAUUCCAUAGUGUUUUCUAGUCGACCACUACGAGAUGGAGAACUUUUCGAAAUUUGUCUGGAUAGCAUUGUGGAUAGAUGGUCUGGCAGCAUAGAACUAGGCGUGACGGCAGUGCGACCGGACGAGAUCGACCUGCCGAGCACCGCCACUGACCUCUGCCGAGACACGUGGAUGCUGAGCGGCUCCUCAGUGAUGAUCAACGGCAAAACCGUCAAGAACAACUACGCCUGUGACCUCGACUCUCUCGCGUCGGGCGUCAAAUUGGGCGUGAUGCGAUCUAGUGACAAGUCGUUGGAGUUCUACAAGGACGGCGUUGGUCAGGGGGUGGCUUGUGUGGUGCCGCAUGCUAGGGUGUACGCAGUUGUGGAUUUGUAUGGGCAGUGCGCUCAGGUCAGCAUUCCGUGCGCCUCCCCAGUGGCAGGACUGGCUUCUGCAGGAAUAGAAACGUCACACCGAUCUGACACAUCAGCCUCUCUCCAAGCGACCAGUAUAGCUCAACCUCCGAUUGAAUCUGAUCUUCACCGAUUCUCCGAAUACCAUUCUAAAGGCGUCACUCUGGACGAAGGCGGCCGCCUGGCCACCAGAUCGAAGGACGCUUCCAGUUGCGUGCUGUUCAGCGCCACUCCGCUAGCGCCCGAUGAAAUGUUCGAGGUGGAAGUGGCUCGUAUGUGGCGCCAUCUGGCGGGCACGCUCGCCGUCGGGGUGACGGAGGUGGCGCCCUCUGCCGGCACUGCCGACGCUAUGCCCGGUCGGUGCACGUAUCUGAGCGGGAACGAGCUGAGGCACAACGAUAAGAUACUCAAGUUCUUCACACCGAAUCUCAGCUGGUUGAGUUGCGAAGACAGAAUCGGCCUGCUCAGAACCCAAGACGGCAGCAUAAAAGUCUUCAUAAAUGGAGAAGAACUGUCCGUCAAUUUUCCCGCUCUGCCUGACGUCGUUUAUGCAGUGUUCGAUAUGAAGGGGUCAUGCGGUGAAAUCGCUGUCACAAGUCACAAGGCCAAUAUUUCUCCGCUGAACAGUAUAAGAUUACAGGAUAGCUUAGAGCUAGUUCUAGACCAAGAACAAGCCCCGGACCUCGUGGAAAGCAAAGACAACCCCCUGGAACCCCCGAAACCAGUACCAGCCCCAUCAGGGGCCUACGAAUUCCACGACAACCACGGCAGGAACAUCGAGCUGCUCGCCAACAAAACCGCAGCUAGACGGGUGGCUUCGUACAAUCAGGGGGUGACGAUCGCUCAGCCCCCCCUAGAGGCUGGCUCCCAAGUGGAAGUCGCCAUCGAAGAGCUGGAGUCUCGUUGGAAGUCCUCGUUGAUAGUGGGGCUGAUUGCCGGUGCUCCGGAGCGGUUGAGUUUGCCGGUGAACGCGCUGGCUUUGAAAGCGCCUAGUUGCGUUGUCGCCAGCGAUUGGAUCUCUAUAAAUGGUGUCAAGACUAGUUCGAAUUAUGGUCAAAGGUUGGAUUCUCUGGUGGUGGGAGAUACUGUCGGCAUAGCUUUGACGGAGGCAAAAUGUUUCCAACUAUGUUUGAAUGGAGAGGAAGAAGAACCUCUGCAUUGGGGGUUCCAACCAGAACAGCCUGUUUUCGCCGUUUUUGACCUUUACGGUCAAUGUCAACAGAUUCGUAUCGUGAACAGAGCUCUGUCGAAAGAAGAAGAAGUCACAAAAACCAUCACUGAUUGUGAGAAAGCAGAUCUAGAGUCGUGCGAAAAAGAGAGAUCAGAAAAGAAACUUACUUUACCCAUUGCUUCAACAAGCACCAGUCUCACAGCUUCUACACAUGCUAGAAACUCGUCUAGUUGCAGUACACCGAUAAAGGCAUGUGCAUUGAAAGAGGAAUGUCGAGAAUUCAAGAGGAAAUUAUUGUUACCUGAUCACUAUUUCACCACCGAUGAACCAAUAUGUUACUGUCAGAAUUGUUAUAAAGUCAAAAGUGGAGAUACUGAGAAAGAAAAUUGUCCAACAGGUUGGGUGAAAUUUCCUCUAGCAAACUCUGAAAAUAUUACUACUGAUCGUUGGCAAACAGCCUUCUAUUUUUCAAAACUGGGUGCGGUCAGAUGCAUUUUGGACAAAGGACAACCUUUGACCAAGGGACAAGCUGAGUGGUGCAAUAUCACAGCUCAAAAAACAGACGAUGUUCAAGUGGUGUUCUACCCGACUGUGCAUUGUCCGACGACCAAUGCCUUCAGAACGGAAGAGAACCGACAAGUGUUCGCGGCAUUCCAGCUGUACGUCAAGCCGGGGGCUUACUCGGUGUCCAGGGAGGCCGAUGUCCUCGAAUGGAGUACCAAAGAAACAGGGGCACUGGCGUUGAGUGCUCUCUUGCUGAAAAUCGUCUAGGGCUGUACCGGAUGAGGUGUGGUAGGCUCUCUUGCUCAUGAUGUAGUUUGUGGCGAGAAAUAUAUCGUGAAUCACAUUCCAAUGUUUUGAGAGGAGAUCUUAACUGUUGAACGGUUUUUGAUUGAUUCUUAGGAGUUCGGAAUUUUCGAUGUAUUAGUGCAAUAUAUUUUGGAAGUUUACUAGUCAAUAAAUAAUAUCAGUGUGGUUUUACACAUACAUAGAUACAGACUUCGAGUUCAUCUCUAUAUUGAAAAAGUAAUUGAAUUAUCAGUGGAUGUAACAUUUGAUGAUAAAUGUUUGUGAAUUGAAUAUCAAAUCUUUUGUUCCACUGAAAUAGCCGUGGAUAGUCCCUAUUUUUUAUACUCAUUGUUUUAUCUGU